CUCUCUCUCUCUGCUCCGCUGCUGCUCGAUCUGGACAGUUUGGGUUGUUUUUCGGUGCCGUUGGUUGGAGGGAUGUUGCUCUGCAGGCUGUGAAAGUGUCUUCAGCUCCAGCCCUGUGAUUUAGGGAUGGAUCCUGCUGCGAUGUGCCAUGGAGGCUUUUCCGUAGAGUUCUCUCACUGACAUCCCGUCCGCCUGUUCCCUCUGCGCUGCCUGUGGCAUUUGGAAUACCAGGAUCGAAACGCCAGUGCUUGCCAUGCCGCGCAGUCUGAUGUCCAGCGAGGAGGAGAUGGCUCAGAGUUUCUCAGACUCGGGCAGCUCGGAGUCAGACAGUUCGAGAGAUGAGCGCCCCUGCGCCGAGCGGCCCACCAGUGGCCGACUGGACAGCAGCCAGAGAGACUCGUUACUUAUCUGUGUGGUCAUCCCUGAUCUUCAGCAGUCUAAAUCCAUGAGGUUUAAGUCUGAUGCCACCGUCUGGGCAGCCAAGCAGCAGAUCCUGUGCACACUCACCCAGAGUCUGAGGGAUGUACUGAACUAUGGGCUGUUCCAGCCGGCCGUAGAUGGCAGAGAGAGCUGCUUUCUGGAGGAAGAGAGACCGCUGAGGGACUACCCGCUGCACACCACCAAGGGCGCGCCCACUUUGGAGUUUCGCUACAAGAGCAGGGUGUACCAGCACGCCAACGUCAAUGAAAAGCUGAUUGAAAAGCUCCAUACGCAGGCCAACCUGAGGAAGUUCAUGGAUUAUAUCCAGCAUCAUCAGGUGGAUAAAGUCUCUAAGUUGCUGGAAAGAGGUCUCGACCCAAACUACCACGAUCCAGAGACGGGAGAGACCCCUCUGACCCUGGCAGUCCAUCUGGACAAUGUGGUGGAGAUCAUAACAGCACUGAAAAAUGGAGGAGCCCAUUUGGAUUUCCGCUCUCGUGAUGGGAUGACUGCGCUCCAUAAAGCUGUCAGGGCCAAGAACCAGAUCGCUCUCAAGGCCAUGCUGGAGCUGGGAGCGUCUCCGAACUAUAAGGACCGUCAGGGUCUGACUCCGCUCUACCACACAGUGACCGUCGGUGGUGACCCCAGCUGCUGUGAGGUGCUCUUGCGGGCCCAUGCCACUGUGGCCUGCCACGAUGAGAAUGGCUGGCACGAAGUCCACCAGGCUUGUCGAUACGGCCACGUCCAUCACUUGGAGCAUCUCCUGUUCUAUGGAGCUGACAUGAGUGUGCAGAAUGCCUCUGGGAACACAGCCCUACAUAUCUGUGCCCUCUAUAAACAGGAGAAUUGUGCCAGAGUUUUGCUGGUGCGAGGAGCCAGUAAGGACGUCAAGAACUACCGCGGACAAACUCCCUUCCAGGUGGCCAUAAUUGCAGGAAACUUUGAGCUGGCAGAGUUCAUAAAGAACCACAAAGACGCUGAUAUUGUGCCUUUCCGGGAGGCUCCGGCGGUGUGUUCAGGCAGGGGCCGGCCACAGCAGCUGCAGACGGGCAGGAGUACUCUGGCUGCUCCGCGGGUGCUCCUGCGCUCCAACAGUGACAACAACCUGAACGUGAAUAAGCUCCCCGCGGCCCGCUCGCCCUCGCGCUCGCCCUCGCCCCUGCGCAGCCUGUCGCCCCGCAGGCCCCAGCAGAUGCAGAACAGCCCUAAUGGCACGGUGAAGACCAUGGGCCGGGGGAGCCGCCCCCCGCGCAGCCGAUCGCCCUCUCUGGGCCGGCUGGGGGAGGGCGACACCCGGAGACACACCCCCCAGCGCCACAGCAGUCCACGUCCCAGUCGGGAUGGCUUCUCCGGUGCGGACACUCCAGGGUCCAAGCGCAAGCUGUACAGUGCCGUCCCUGGCAGGCACUACGUGGUGGUGAAGUCCUACCAGCCGCAAGCAGAGGGCGAAAUUGCCCUCUAUAAGAAUGACAGGGUCAAAGUGCUCAGUAUCGGUGAAGGAGGAUUCUGGGAGGGCAGUGCUCGAGGGAACGUCGGGUGGUUCCCUGCGGAAUGUGUGGAGGAGAUCCCCAACAAAGCCAACGAAGACCGACCCUAUGCCAGGGCAGACCGAUCUGAACGACGGAAGCUCUUCCGGCAUUACACCAUGGGAUCGUACGACAGCUUUGAUGCAUCAAGCGACUGUGUGAUCGACGAGAAGACGGUGGUGCUGCAGAAGAAGGACAAUGAAGGCUUCGGCUUCGUGCUGCGAGGGGCCAAAGCCGACACCCCGAUUGAGGAGUUUACCCCCACGCCGGCCUUUCCCGCCCUGCAGUACCUGGAGUCUGUGGAUGAGGGAGGAGUGGCGUGGCAGGCUGGACUCCGGACUGGAGACUUCCUCAUCGAGGUUAACCAGGACAAUGUGGUGAAGGUGGGCCACAAACAGGUGGUUAAUAUGAUUCGACAUGGGGGAAAUCGUCUAAUCAUCAAAGUGGUGACGGUCAGCAGGAAUCUGGACCCUGAUGAUAAGUCUCGAAAGAAAGCUCCUCCGCCACCCAGGAGAGCUCCUUCCACUGCUCUCUCCAUGCGCUCCAAAUCCAUGACAUCAGAACUGGAAGACAUGGUGGAUAAAGCCACUUUGAGGAAAAAGAAGGAUGAUCAGCUUUCAGAUAUUGCGGCUCUGAAGAAGAGGAUUGUUUUUCAAGUCACCCUAAAUAAAGUGGAGGAGGUCGUACCUCCGCAGAAGCCAGUUUGGGACAACUCGAAUGUGGACGUGAGGGUGGCGGCCGUUAAACCGCGGCCUACCAGCAGGUGUUUCGCCGUGGCCCCAGAAAUGAAUUCCCUGUGCAAUAGCCAGGACGUAUCAGUGGACUCCCCGCCAGUCACAGGAAGUCCUAAAGGCCCUUACCUGGGUGUACCAAAGGGAACCAUGCGUCGGCAGACGUCCAUAGGGGUAACAGAAGAAGAAAAGCAGUUUCUCACUCCUCCCAUGUUGAAAUUUACAAGAAGCCUUUCAAUGCCCGAUACAUCAGAGGACAUUCCUCCCCCACCAGCCAUCUCCCCUCCAUCUCCACCUCACAACAGUGCUCCUCCAGCUGCCGGUAGCGGUUAUGGCACAAUCCGACCAGGUUUUACCACCCAAAGUCCUGCUGCGAACAGCACGGCCCCAGACAGAGGAGGAGACUCCACCUUGGGUUCAGGGUGGAGAGAACAGGGCAUGUUUUACAGAGACAGUCCCGAACAGUACGACUCUGAGGGCUGCAACAGCCCAACCGCACAGCAGAGCCUUCACAUGCGCCGGGCCCAGAUCCCUGAAAACCCAUACUCGGACGUUGGCAAAGUGGGUCACUCAGCCCUGUUUGUGCCAAAUAAGCCUGCACGGAGGAAGGGCAUGUUGGUGAAGCAGUCCAAUGUAGAGGACAGCCCAGAGAAAACCUGCUCCAUCCCCAUCCCCACCAUCAUCAUCAAAGAACCCUCCACCAGCAGUAGCGGCAAAAGCAGCCAGGGCAGCAGUAUGGAGAUCGAGACCAGUACCCCAGAGCACACAGGCCAACUUCGCCCAGAGGACAGCCUCAAUUCAAGCAGCCCCUUUUCAUCCGUGAUGGCCUCCAGCUCAGCCAGGGAGAAGAGGCUGGAGGUGCACAGGAAUUCGCCAUCUUUCAGAUCCACAGAUGCUGGUGAUGAGGAUGUUACUCCAAUGCCGGCCCCACGUUUGCGACACUCCAAGUCCAUCGAUGAGGGCAUGUUCAGCAGUGACGAACGUUUGCGCAGGCUCAUGGCGCCUCCUUCGUCCCUGCUCAGCAUCCCACGAGGAGGAGGCAAUGUGACUGACUUCAACAGCCCAGAGCCCACUAUGGUACGGGAGCUUCUGAACACUCGUACAGGGCACAGUCCCAUCAGCUUGCCGGCUCACAAGACUUACAGCUCAGGGAGCGGAAACUAUGUCCACCCCGUUACUGGGAAACCUCUGGACCCCAAUUCCCCAUUAGCCUUAGCACUAGCUGCCAGAGACCGGGCCAUGAGGGAGCAGUCCCAGCCUCUGCCACUUAAGAGUGAUCCAUCCAAGCUGGACCUCAACAAGCCACUCUUUAUCGACACAAAGCUUCGGCCCAAUGUGGAAGUGAGCUUCUCCAGCACUGCCACCAUGGGCCGGCCACGGGGAGGCCUGCGGAGACAGAUGACAGAGUCCAAGUAUGAGACUGAGUCCAAGUACCAAUUGGACCUGGGCAAGCCUGAAAAGAGGGUGGAAGAGAAAAAGAACAUGUUGAUUGACAUUGUGGACACCUCACAGCAAAAGUCAGCAGGGUUACUCAUGGUCCACACCACAGAUGGGGCCAAAUCAGAUGAAAACAGUCUGUCAGAGGGGGAGAGAGAUGAGGACGCCUGUCCGGACAGCACCCCUGGAGAACUCCGUGAUCCCAACCAACCGGCACCUGCUAACCCUGCAUCCAGCAAGCCUUUGUCCACUGCACCGCAGGGAAAGACUAUCAUCACUGUCAGCUCUGUGGAUGAACCGGUCAAACUCCCUUUUGGUAUCCCUCCACCUCCUCUGGCCUCUGUCGACAUAGACGAAGAGUUUGUGUUUGGUGAACCCCUGCCUCCCCCAUUAGAGUUUGCCAACAGUUUUGAUAUCCCCGAAGAUCAGUCAGGGACGAUCUCCGAGUUGCUGAAACAGAAAGCCAAUGGCAUGAGGCGACCUUCUCUUGGUCCCUACUACCCCCACUUAACCACUAGCAACUCUGAGAUCAAGAGACCGACAGUCCUUACCAACUGCACGCCUCCUAGCUUCCCCACAGGGCCUCUUGAACCUUACGAGCCCAUUAUUGACUCAGGCAUUGAGGUGGACAGCCGGAGCAGCGGAGACCCCCAGCUGGAGACCACCAGCACGGUCUCCACUGUAUCCAGCAUCUCCACUUUAUCGUCGGAAGGAGGAGAGACCCUGGACACUUGCACCGUCUAUGCAGAUGGACAGGCCUUUCUGGUGGACAGGGCACAGGUCCUGCCCAAGCCGAAGGCUAAGCACGCCGUCAACAAGAGCAAUGCACUUUAUAAGGACGCCUUGAACGAGGAGAGCAUGGGCUCUUUCAGGGUGCCCUCCUCCGUCCCACCACCACCCCCAGGAAGCGCCCCGCCAGAGCCUCUGAAAACCCCAACACAAAGAACCUCAAAGCUCUGGGGUGAACCUCUGGAUCUGAAGAACCCCCACGGCCCAGAGGCCAAGCCCCAGGGGAUGGCCGAAAUGAACUCGGUCUUGCAACACAUCAACAAGGACAAAGCACCAAAGCCAGGGGAAGCGUUAGACUCUCCCACAGGAUGUAGAACUCAUUUCGGAACGAGAAAUCCGGACGCCGUGGUGUCCCUUGUCUCAGGUACCCAGCAGAACACCGCCGUCUCCUUCAGCACCCAGCCCGGCCAGAACGUGCCUGCUUCGCCGUCGCCGUGUCGACAGUCCGAGAGCUUGCCCUCCUCCCCACACCCUUCACACCCUCCGCAACACCCUCACCACCCGCACCCCUGUGCCCCAAGCCCCAUCAUGUCCCCCCCAGACUCGGGCCUGAGCUGUGCCUCCUCCUCUUCGCUCCCGGCCUCGGCCGCUUCCCCCACCAUGACGGACGUGUUCGGGCUGCCCACUCCGCCCCUCAGCCUGGGCACGGGGCGCAGCCGUUCGCCCUCACCCCUCACCCUCAUCCAGGCCGCCUCCAACAAGCCUUUCGCCACCAAGCCCGUGCUGGCCUGGAGCAAGCAGGACGUGGCCGACUGGCUGGAGAGCCUAAACCUGGGCGAGCACAGAGACGCCUUCAUGGACAACGACAUCGAGGGCAGCCACCUGCCCAGCCUGCAGAAGCAGGAUCUCAUCGACCUGGGCGUGACCCGCGUCGGCCACAGGAUGAACAUUGAGCGGGCGCUCAAGCUGCUCCUGGACAGAUGAGACUGGGCUUUGCUUCGCCGGUGGACGUCAGCCUUCCUUUGUUCAUAAAGCUUUGUUUUUUUUUGGUUUUUUUGUUCCUCUCUUUUUUCUUUUUCAUUCACUUAUUUUAAUAAUACCUUGUUCCUCUCAUUGCCUGCAGUGGAUUUUUUUUUUCAAAGGAAAGACAUGUCUGAAGAUACACAGCGCUAAGACAAGCACAAAAGCUCCUUCGUACCAACAAAAGCCCCAGCCUCUGACGGGACACUGUAUGGAGUCCAAGCGUUUGAGAUGACCGUUCGUUUUCUCUUUGGCUUUUACUUUCGGGCCUGGCGUGAAUGCACUGAAAACCAGCAGAGCUGGCCGACCAUUUUCUAUCUUUGCUAAGACGACUGAUUAUCUAGAGAACACUUCUUCAGGAAAAAGGGAAGGUCCGUGUAUCAGCUGCCUAUGAAAUAUUGUGCUUUUUUUAUUCCGAUUUUUUUUUUCUUUUACUCGUUCAGUUCGGAAGUAGAUGGAUCCGUAAGACGUGUGCGGUUGGUGCCAUGUCGUUCCUCAGUUCACAUCGCUCACGGUCCUGGGACAGGCGUCUUCACCAGGUCACGUCUCUGUAUGUGCACACCCGACGCCAUGAGAGCGAGCUGCCAUCUUUCAUCUCUUUGUCUUUGGUUAUGGUUAAAAUUAGAUAUUCGUCUGAAUGGGUUAACAAAAAAAAAAAUCACGAGUCUUUCUGAAGCGUAAUUUCUACUGAUAUUUAGUGUCUUCCACAUUGUGAGGAGGUCUAACGGCAGUGCUGCCAUUCCGUUCGGUUCCUGAACUCCUACUCCUACUAGACUAGACGGCUUUUUUUCCUCUUGUAUUUUUAGACCUUAUUAUCUCCCAGCUGUUUUUCCUUUGUGCCACAGGAUUGUGUUCUCAGUAUCACGCUAGCUCCACGAAUACCUAAUUAAAAACGGAUGAUGAACAUGAUGUUUUGGGGGAGAUUUAGAGCAUUGUGACUGAAAAGUGGAAGAGUUGCCUUCAGAGAAACGCUCGACGUUUCAGUACCAAUUAUUCAAUAACGUGACGGAGAGAAUUGGUGUCUUCUGUAGGCGCACUAAUAAUAAUUGUAUGUUUUUUUUAUUAUUAUUUAUUACCCAUUCAGAUUUAUCAUUUUGAUAUGUGACUAUUAAUGAGCGUAUUUUUGUCUGCUGUAGGCACACUAUUAUUAUUAUUAUUAUUAUUGCUAUUAUUAUUAUUUUACAACGUUUAUUAUUACCCAUUCAGAUCAAUCACUGGAAUACUUCAAAGACUAGGACCUCCACGAACUAUACAUAUCACUGUCUCAAAUUGUAAAAUGGUCAAUUGUUUACUGGAUGAGAGUUUGUGACGCUGAAUGAGAGAUAGAGGUUCUUCUCUGUGUUGCUUUGUUUAAACUGUAGACCAUCUACCCUGAAGCAUGUUUGGAGUUGGAUGACGGCAAACUCACCCCUGCUGUGCUGCUUCAUGUUCUGACUUAUUCUCCACCCAGUGUUUGUGUUAAAUGCCCUUUCUGAGCCCUGCCCUUCACUCCCACUGACCCUUACUUUUCUCCAAUCGAGGGGAAAGUCACCUUUUUGUUUUGCCAAGUCGGCCAAAUCUAGCUUGAACAUUUGCUCGUCAUCGUUGCGAUUUUAUAUAGCCUAAGAAAAGCUUAUCAUUUAAUAGCGCUGUUGAUUAUCGUUGAAUUCGCUUCGGUCUUCGUGUAUGAGCUUCAUCUGAACACCGUGCGUACAGUUUGUCUUUGUUUUCACUAUUUUGGCGUUCACGACCAAUGAUUUGGUUCCGUUUGUGCCGUAGCUACGAUCAGAACAGCCAGCAGCUUCAUUCUCUUCAUCUUCGGUUGCGUUAGGCUCAGAGUGCUGUGGUUAUGCUUGAACUGAGGGGAAAGGUCAUAGUAACGGGCAUGAAUGCGAACGGACGGGUCACAGGCACCCCGGCGGCGUUCCGUGUAAGUAUGCAUUGAAGACGUUCAGCGACGUGUUUGCUUAUCUCUACUUUAGAGGAGUUAGAGUUAAUCAUCUCUAUAUAUCUUAUUUUAGGAAACAGCACAGUAUUUUAAAGAUUUAUAGAACUAUGAGAUUUUUAUGAUCUGUGGUGUGCCAAAAAGAAAAAAAAAAUAUUUAUGUGGUAUCGGUUAAGAAGCAAUACACAAUCUUCAAGAAAACUGUUCGGUCUUUUUUUUUUUUUUUUUUUCUGCCAGUAUUCUACGUACAGUAUAUCGAUGAUAUUUCAAUCAAAUGGAAUUUAUAUAUAUAGGUCUCAGUGAAAUAGAGAAUAUUUAACUAUGAGCUAACGGCUGUCACCUGCUUCUUUUAGAUCCUGUAAUUAAAAAAAAAACAAUGAAGCUGAAAUUUAGAUAAUGUGGUGUGCAGAAUUUACAGACACAGUUGUAAAAGUUGUACACAUGCGGCCACUUACACUCCAACAGAUUCACCUGAGCUCCUGGUGUGAAUGUAUGAUCAACGAAAAUAUUAUUUUUUUUUCCCAAAUGGAAUUCUGAAAAAAACGACGUAGUGAUGCAUCCCGAACCCACUGAGGUCCUCGGCGGGACGUAUCCGAUUAGAUUUGGAUAUUAGUCUUUAUUUUAUUAUACAUAGAUGUGUCUCUCACACUUUGUGUGAAGAAUGAAUUCACUUGAUCUCUGUCGCUGUAAUUUUGUGCUA